AUGCAGCAAGGAACUGGGGAUCUUCUCGACAGUCAUUGCGCAGUGGUCCGGCGUAAUGCACAGUUGCUUCGCGAGGGGCAAGCCAGGACAAGGGUGUCUGUCGGAUGGAAUCGAAAUAUCGAGCACGGCAGCUCACAACGGGGCUCCCCCAAUCCCAAACCAGAGAACAAAGGGUACAGCUACGAACUAUCUACGUGCGAGUUACAGUCGCUGCGAAAGAUUGGACGCAGUUUGUUGCUCUCCGCCCUAUCCUCCCCUUGUCGGGUUGCUGCUCGGCUCUCCAAGCGAAUUUCUGCGGCGCAAUCCUUUGGCCCCCGACAGACGCCUGCUAGUUCCUCACCCAAUCCCACUGUUCAAAACGUUUUGUGUAGUGGAUAUAUAGCGACUGGAGGUGAUAUAGGUUUUCAGCUGGACUAA